AUGAGGUGGGAAACGCUUCCAGGAUUUCUUUAUUUUUUAGGACGCCGAGCUGGAACUUUACAAUAUUGGUAUCUUGGAUUAGAACGGUCUGGAACCUUGAAACUCUGGAAUCUUGGAUCGGAG